ACGGUGUGAUGCAAAUCAGCUGUAUGUAUCAGAUAAAAUGGAUGGUCUGCAUUGAAGAUUGAACUGGAGAGUUGAUAUAAUCGUGAAAUAAAUUUACAUACAUAGUCUUUUUCACUAUAAAUGUUUUGAAAUUAUAUUAUGUAAUUUUAUAAGGUGGUUUUGGAGUUAGUGAUUUGUUAUGUCAUUCUAAAUAUUUUUAGAGAAUCAGGAAAUUUGACGCGAGCGUUGUGUAUCUCAGACGGGAUCAGUCGGUCUUUGUUGCGGCACGUCUCUUUGUUUGAGUAAAUUUCGGAGGGUUUAAACGUUCGCAAUGCUUAUUACAUGCAGAUGCUUGAAUGUUUCUAUUAAAACAAAGAAUUGUGAGUUCAUAAACGUAGACAUUGCGGAUUUGAGCUUAACAAUUCAUGAACAGAAUGACCGUUUCUUCAAGGAGGUGGAGUCUCAGGGCGUGUUCACCGUCGAGCUGGCCCUCAUCUCCAAGGAGCAGCCGAGCCUGGUGCUGGUCCGCGACGCCGGCGACUGGGUGGUGCACCACUGCCUGGGCUGCGGCGUCGGCACGCACGCCAUUCACCGCGAGAAGGGGGCCGCGCUCGUGCUGGUCAGCCGGGCAAUGCUGAUGAAUGCGGCAGAGAUAGACUCUCUGAAGAACAGCGAGCACUAUUCCAAAGUGUUCAGAAUAAUUAUAGAAUCUGAUGACAGCGCACCAGCUCCAAGCAAGUUUGCAGUGUCGCAGCUGCCGGCCCCGGCCCAGGCCGCGCUCUCCGCGCUGCAGCAGCAGCUGGGCGAGACGGUGCAGCAGGAGGCCGCUCGCACGGAGGAGAGGGUGCGGCAGUUCACCGAGGCGCAGUACGCUGCCCUCGAGGAGUUCCGGGAGCGAGCGCACAGGGAGCACCGGGUGCUUGCCAGGUUUGUGGUGCUGUGCGAGGUGCACGGGGUUCUGCAGCCCUCCCCGGAGGGCCUGGACACCCCCCCGUCGACCCCCGACGCCCGGCCGCCGCCCCCCGCCGUCGUGCCGGCCGGCCCCGGGGGCUCGAGGAGCGCCGCGACCCCCCCUCUCCGCCUGGGCCGCCACCUGCCGCUGUCUGCCGGCCCGCCGUCCCCCGCCGGCGGGAACAGCGCGAAGCCGGAGAAGCGCGCGGUGCCAGUGCGCCUGAUCACGCAGAUGUCGAGUCCCGCCCGGCGCUCGGACUCGCUCGACACGGAGGGCCUGUUCGACUUGGAAGGCAUGGAGGACAACCACACGGAGACCUUCCACUCCGAAGAUGAGAGCGAGUCUGACGACUCGGGCAGCCACGACGAGGGCAUCCACAUCCCGCGCGGCCGCGCCGACUCGCACGGCCAGAUGGCCAAGUCCUUGCCCGUCAACGUGCCCACGUUCCUCGCCAAGAACAAGGAGGAGUCCGAGGACAUGGACGAUGAAAGGUACCCACAAGAUCCGAUGGACAUUGCUGCAUCCAUCAAAGCUCUGGCGAAGAGCGUCCAUGGAGAAGCGAAUGUGUUUGGUGAUCUCCCACGGCCCCGUUUCAGCACGAAUAUCUGAUUGGCUUGAUUCGGAACAAGACAUUGUUGCUUUGAAAUAUCAUAGAUGUUAGAAAACCUUUCUACUGUCUUAUCAGCUUAGCAGAGAAAGAGAAGAGGGGAUUUUUGCAUUGUGUAUGUGUUUAUGGAAAGCAAGCAAUUCAUGCUAUGGAUGCUUAUUGGUACAAACAUUAUAGAUAGGAAUAGAAUCAUUGCAAUUCUGCAGAUAUUUGUGAAAACAUGGCCUCUCUACUAGGAUCGAAGAUCCUAUAUCAUGUAUUUAAUAUGUUUACAAUAGAUUGCAGUGUAUGAUCUGAAUUUCCCUUCCAUCAACAGAAUUGCCUUGAGGUGUUAACCAAAAGUGGAAGAUUUUUGGUAUGUAUGUAGUUCAGGAGACUAGUGUUGUUCCUUAAGUAUGAAUUUAUGAAUUUUAUCAAAUUAUGAGUUGUUUGAUUUGGGAAUGUGUAUUGCAGUGUGUUUCAAAAUAUUUGUUAAGCAUAUGUACUUUGCAGUGUACACUUCCUCAAAAUUGAAUGACAUACACAAUAUUCUAUAGUCCAGUUCAUCAGGCAACUAUCCUCGUAAUGGCUUAAAUUGUAUGUGUUGAAUGGGAUUUAAAAAUAACUUGCAACAAUUUCUAACUUGUUGCAGUUUGCAUGAUGUAGUUGUGUUUAUUGAUAACAUGGUGUAUAGGACGAGAAUUUUAUGCAAAUUUUAAUACCUUAAAAGGUGCUAAUCGUCUUAUAUGACAGGUCGUUUUCUGUGACAGUACUUGCAUUGCUGUUGCAUGGUGUCUGCACACCUGGCGGUACUUAUGCAGCUAUUCCACGGAGGACAGGGAAGAGCUAAGUUUAGAGUGAAUAGACUGGCUUACAUCUGUCCUUACUACUUUCACAGUUUGUUUUCUGCAUCUGUCAUGCUUUACUUGACGAUAUGGCGCUUUUUAGGUAUAUGCAACAGAAAAUGGAAGAUACAUGUGUAGUUAAAACUUAUCUCUCGCUAAUUUUUUUUUUUAUAAAAUUGCUGGUCGACCACAAGUUGGGAAACAUAGUGGAUGUACCCAUUGGCCGGUUGGUUUUUUGUGGAUAUUCCUUUAUCAUUCUGCUAAAGUGCGGUAAGAAAAGAACAUUUCACCCUUUUCACAUUUUCUUUUCGUCUGUCACAGCUGUCUGUCCUAGACUCGCACCUUCUCUAUGUACACAUAAUCUCUUCAUAAAAUGUCACACUAUAAUUCUCAUAUUGCAUGUGGUUAAGCGAGGUUGUGCCGUUUCAUGCCCGGUUGACCUCAAGUUUUUACGAAGGUGCCUCGUCUUAUGUCAGGGUGUCUACAGGUCCAUAAAGUCAAGGAAAAGUAAGGAAACUGCAGGCAAGUCCGAAAAUAAACAACAGUGCUGGAGGUCAUGAAACUCAAAAUCUUGAGUGGCAUUUUGCUAAUUUGCAGUUUGUUUUUUUAUGCCACACUUUUGUUAAUAGUUGCACAAUAAAAUAAAUAGUUAAAGCUAAUAGAAUUUCAUUCAGUGGAAAUUAUCACCGAAAUGGUUUUAUCUUUCAAACACAAAAAUUUUCAUGUUUGUGCCUAUAGCAGAUCUAUUUCGUAUUAUGUUUAUUCUUGCUUAGUUUAUACAAAAAUCACCCUAUUAUAUAAAAAUUGUAAUAAAAUUUUAUAAAAAAAAAUCCUAAAAUGUGAUGAUAUUGGGUCACCGGGUAUUUAAAAGUGCAUGGUCAUCGUAUGCUGUAAUGUUUUUGUUAGUGUAAUGACAACAAUGGUUAUAUUCAGUAUGUUUCAUGGUCUGUCAUGGAAGGGACAUGAGAAAGAAUUCCGUGCUUUAACACAUUAUCUCAAAAAUUUAGACCACCUAUUAAAGUGUUCGUACUGAAUAGACUUCUGAAUCUCCUAACUGAAACAAAGAAUUUCUCAAACGUUCUAAACAUGGUUUGUUCAUAUAUUUCUAAGAUGUUGCUCAGAACUCACCAGAUACUUCAAAGUGCAUCUAAACAUUGUUGUAAUAGCAUUCCCAGUACAAUGUGUGUUUUUUUCUUCAUAUACACUCAAAUUAUUCUAAAACUAUUUUGGAUAGCGUAGGUAACUUAUAAUUUUUAGUGCUCAUCUGCGUGGUUUCAUUUUAACAACGGAAUUUGCAAGACUGUAGUUUGAGGUUUCGAAAAUCACAAAUGAGACUGUACUGAUGAAAACAUAUAUUAUUAUUAAAUGGAUAAUCUUUCAGUGUUAGAUUUUUCUCUUGCAAUUGGUGUUUUUAAACAAAGUAUUAAAAAAAAUCCCUUUAAUUGUUAAGUUUGCAGAAACCCUGUAGUUAAGGCCACUAAUUUAAAAAAAGUUAAAUGAAAAUGCACAGCAAAUGUUUACAGAUUAAUUAAAAAAGAAAAAUAUUAAUGCUUGGCACUCCACUACUAUAUAGAAAAAGUUAAAUACUAGGGGUGCAUGAGUACUCAUAAUUUUGAGUUGAGUCAAGUUUUAAGUUCUCGACUAGAGCCUAAUAUUAAAGCUAGAAAGAUUAAGAGUAAUUUACUCUUUUAUCUGGGAAAAUAAAAACGCUCAUGUAACAUCACUUAUACAAACCUGGAUUAUAUACCCAGUAAUUGUGAAGCUCGCUUAACGCAGUUCAGUAGAAAACAUGAUUAUUUUACGUAGAAUUGAUUAAAGAGGAAUUUGUUACAAUUUGAGUACAUCAGCAAUGCAACGCUCAUAUUAUUUGCCAUUUCAUUAUCAUGAAAAAUGUAGAUAAUUAAGUAUUGAAUUUUUUAGCGAUGGUGGCUGAUUUUACAAAAUAUUGUUCUGUAUAGAUGAUGAAUAUUUUGUUUUAUGUAUUUGUGGUCAUUUAAUGCAGCGUGAUUAUAAUUUUGUUUGUUAACCUAUACUACAAAAACAAAAAUUACGAUGGGACAAACAAAUCCUCACAUACCAUUAAAUAUUUGUAUUGGAAGGGUAUGAUAUCCUAGGAAAACGAUUGGAAGAAAAAUGUUAGAGCAAAUAAAAAAAAAAUAUAAAAUUCCACACUGAUAAACUAAAGUUUACUAGGCCAAUAUUUUCCUUCAUACCUAUCCUGUUACCAUUCCUAAAAUGAUGUACUUUUAAUAUGUAAUUAUAUAAAUAAAAUUACAAUACCUAUUGAUUCUAGAAACUUAGUAGUUUGUAAAACAACCAUUUAAAGGGUAGAAUAUUUCAGCACCAUAGUUAAUAUUUUUCAUUAAUUGUACAUUGUUUUAUUUUGAUCCUUGACACCCAAAUUUGGAUUCAAUGGUUACAUUCGAGGUACUCUCUAGAAUGUAGAUUUGAGAUAUUUGGGAUUUGACCCACCACUACAAAAAAUAUAACUUCUAUGCAAGGGCCAUACUCAUAAUUUUAUAUAAUUCGCUUCCACGUAAAUAUUAUUUAUAUAGUAUGUCAAAAAAAACAUACAAAA